AUGAUUUCAGAAGAUAGUAAUUAUGAAGAAACAAAGAUAAAUAAUGAAGGUAAUGAGGAUAAAAACCAUUAAGAUAUCUUAGGCAUAAAAUAAAAAAGCUCAUAGUAAAGCAGGUCAUAUUUUUAAAAACCUUAAAUGUAAAUACAGAAAGAAAACUUGUAAGAAGUUAUUCCUUCUUUAAUUAGUACUCAAGUUGCUACAUAAAAAAUUCGAGAGUAACUUGAAAGCAAAUUAGAACUAGAUUUAGAAUGUGAGAGCUUAAUUUAAUCUUAGAUUUAAGGAACACAAGAUGAUAUAGAAAUAUUUCAAAAGAAAAAUCAACAAAAUAAUCUACUUUAAAUAAAAGAUACUCUUGUGGAAUAAGCUGAAAAAUUUGCAUAAGAAUUAAAAAAUAAAUUGAAAACUGAAAUUUUAAAAAAUUAAAAAUUAUAAUAACAACUUGAAAGUUAAUUAAAUGAGCUUCUUAAUGAGUUAGAGCUAACUGAUGCAAAACUAAUAACAGAAGAAAUAGAAGAUUUUUCAUAUCUAAUUUAAAGAUAAAUUAGUAGAAAUUAGAUAAAUAUGGCUUAUGGAUCUAAAAUAAGACUUAAUAAGUUAAAUGAAGCACAAGUAAAAUACAAGGCAUUGCUAGAAUUGGAAGGAUAAAUUCUACUUGAUUAAAAUUAAGUUAAAUAAUAAUAGUUUGAUGUAGAAUUGAAUGUAUUACCUUAAGAACUAAAUUUAGAAGAUGAAAGCUACAUUUAAUCCUAAGUUAAACUCAACUAAAAUUAAAGUUAACAAUAAUUAUUAAAAAAAUAGUUGAAUGAUUUACUAUAAGAACUAGAUUUAGAAGAUGAAAGCUAAAUUUAAUCCUAGAUAAAACUUUAUUAAAAUUAAGUUUAAUUAUAAUAAUUUGAAGAAAAAUUGAAUGUAUUACCUUAAAAACUAGAUUUAGAAGAUGAAAGCUAAAUUUAAUCCUAAGUAAAACUUUAUUAAAAUUAAGUUAAAUAAUAGUAAUCUGAAGAAAAAUUGAAAGUAUUAUAAUAAAAACUAGAUUUAGAAGACGAAAGCUUAAUUUAAUCCAAAGUUAAACUUUAUUAAAUUGAAAAUUUUCAAAAUCAAAAUUUGCUAAAAAAUGCCAAUAUAUCCAAAAUAAGACUUUAAAAGCUAAAAGAAGCACAAAGAAUCUAAAUAUUAUUAAAUAAUAAGAGUAAUGAAAACCAAAUAGAAUAACCUUAGCCUAAAAAUUCAAAUAAUAGUCAUAUAAAACUAAAGGAAAAUGAAUUUCAAAAUUCUGAUCUCCCUUAAAAUCAGCCUUUUGAUGUAAUAAAAUAGUAUAAAUUAAGUGAUUUAAGAAAAGAUAUUUCUUUAAUCCCUGAGAGCAGCGAAAAAUACUUACUUGAAAUGAUAGAAAUUUGUUUAAAUAUUUAUAAAUAAGUAGAUACUCCUCAAACUGAUCCAGGAAACUCGUAACUUUUGACUUAGAAAGAAAAAAUAGAAAAGCGUUUAAUUAUUGAAGAUUAAAUAACUCCAGAAAUAAGCUUACAUUUACAAAAUAUUUAAUAAAACAUAGAUCAAGAUAAUUUUAAAGGUAUUAUUGAUGAAACAGAUAUGCUUAUUAAAAAGGUAAGACCUUUAAAUAUUAAUGAAAUGAAAAGGUUGAUUCAUGAAGUAGAUAAGGCUGCACAAGUUGUAGAAGGAUAAGAUAUUAUUAUAUUUUUAGGUGUAACAGGAGUAGGAAAAUCAACAACUAUUCAUUUUUUAGCUGGCUCAGAGAUGGCUGAACAAAAAAUCUAAAUACAAGAGGGAGUUUUUAAUAAUUAAAUAGUUCCUGUUAAAAUAAAGAAUAAGACUCUUUAAAAAAUAAAAGUAGGAUUUUCAGCAGCUACCUCUGAGACCCGUUUUAUUACACCUGUAAAUAUUAAAUUUAAAGACCUUAAUAUGGCUUCAAGUGAUUCAAUAAUUUUAUGUGAUUCACCUGGUUUUGAUGAUAUUUCAGGGCCAGAAGUAGAUAUAGCAAAUGGUUUAGGAAUUGUUAAAGUAAUCAAAAAAUGUAGGAGUGUGAGGCCUAUAAUAUUGCUAAGUUUCGAGGGUUAGGGUGAUAUAGGUUAAGGUAUUAAACAAUUAGCUCACAUAUUGAUAGGAUUUGUUGACAAUAUUUAAGAUAAAUUAAGUUCUUUAUCUUAUCUAUUUUCAAAAUAUCCUAAAGAUUAUAAUAUUAAUUCUGAAUUAAUCAAUAUUAAGAAUAUUAUUGAUUAGAUUACAGAAGAAAAAUCUGAUGAAGCUUUUGUUAUUCUAAUUGAUGACAUGAUUGAGAAAACUAAGAAAUCACGUAACAUAAUAGAUCCUCUUAAAGGAAAUCCAACAGAAAUUUUAAAUAACCUAAUGAAACAGGAAGGAAUUUAAGAUCCUAGUUAAGUUUUCAAAUUUUCUAUAACAAAUAAUUCUUAUUCUGCAAUUACAAACUAUAUUUUUAAAACAAAAUAAAUUAUCAUUUCUGCACUAAGUAGAAGUGAGUAUGAAUUAAUUAAUUUUAAGUUAGACGAACUAAAAUUUUUAAUAGACAUCUUAAAUUUAGAAUCUACAAAAAAAGUUUAUGAGGAUUGUGUAAAUUAUAUUUAGGAAGCUGUCAAAAAAGAUUAUGAAAAUGUUACUGAGUAGCUAAAUUAAUAAAUAUAAAACAACAAAAAAUUAGAUACAAAUUAUUUAAAGGAAUAUCAAGAAUUUUUUUAAAAGUUUUCAAAAAUACAAAGCUUAAGAAACAAUCAUUUAAGUGCUAAUUUUAGCACUGCUAACGAAUUAAUUGAUGAAUUAAAGCUUGUGGUUAAAAAAUUGGCUCAAGUUUUUGACUAAGAAAACAUCAUUUAAACUCCAGUAUUAGUUAAUCUAGAUAACAUUAAGCUGAUUUCUGAAUAUUUUCCAGAAGUAAAGUAGUAAUAUAAUGAAGUGUGUUAGAAGAUAUCAAAAUAAAUUGAAGAUGUUUUUUCUAAUAGUAUUUUAGCAUUAAAAAACAAAAAUUUUGAUGAUCUAGCUCAAACAAUUUGUAAAAUAACUCAAUAUAUGAAGCAAUUUAAAUAUCAUUUAGAUAAUUAGCCAAUUAACAAUCAAUUAGAAAAAGUCAAAUAUUAAUUUAAAAUGAGUAUAGACCAAGCAGUUUAAGACGUAAAUAAAAUUUUGAAAUUAUAAUCGCUAAAUGGCGAAGAUAUUAACAUUAUAAAUGAAUAAAUUUUAGUUAUCGAAAAAGCUGAAAAAAAUUUACUACUUGAUUAACUUAUUAAUAUGGAUUAUGUUAAAAUUCAAAAAAACAAUCUUUUUGAAAAUUUGUUUGAAAAAUUUUUAAAAAUUAGCAAAAAGAUUGAAGAGAUUCUUAAAAAAUAACCAGAUUAGGCAUUUCUUUAAUUAAAAGAUUAUAUGAAUGAGAUGGAGUAAUUUAGAAAAAUAAAAGGGAUAGAGAGAAGAACUGCUGAUAUCUACCACAAAACUAUCUAGGAAUUAAGGCAAUAAAUUAAAAGAGAUGUAUUGUAACUUUUGAGUGAUUUCUAGUAUGAUAAGAAGAAAGUAGACUUCUAAAAAAUUGACCAUUGUUUAAAUCUAUUAAAAUGUACUCAAUAUAAUGGAGCUUAUGAUUAAACUAAAGAGCAUAUAUCAUAAAAACUUUUGAACUAUUCUUAAUUUGAAAUAAUUUAAAAACUGAGAGAAAUAGAUUUAAGCUAAAGGAGUUAUGGAAAUUUCUCAGUAGCUUCUGAAUUGAUAAAAGAAUUGGAAGCAUUCAAAUUUUUUGAAGAAUAUAAUCCUAUAUUAACUGAGUUAAGAGUCAAGGCCUGCUCUAUGUUUAAAGAAUCAGUAUAAGCAGUUUUUACUUAAGUAAAAGAAUUUAUAAAUGCAACUACUAGUUAAAGAGAUGUUAAGGAAGACUUAUUUAUAAGGCUAGAUGGAAGUAAAAUUGAAGAUUAUCUUAAUUAUAUUAGUGCUGCCUCCUAAAAUAUUUGGACAAGAGAUGAUGCUAAUACUUUAUUGGGAUAAUUGAAAGAAUUUCUAGCAUUUUAAAAAGAGUCCAAAAAUUAACAAAUUGUCAAUCACUACGAAACCAUUAUAGAUUUAAAUGAAUAAAAUGAAAAAUAGAAAACUUAGAGUGCUUUAUAAUUAGCAAGUCUUAUUAAAGAAACGAUAAGCUUAUAAAAAUAUGAAAAAAUCAGCUAGUUGAUUCAACCAAAAUAAUUGAUUGAAGAUUUAAAAAAUAGAAUGUAAUAGUAUUACAUAGAAUUGAGUCAUGAUAUGAGUUAACCUACAAUCAAUAAAUAAAAAUAAGCAAAGUAUAUUAAUAUUUCUAAACUAUUAAGCCACUCUGAUAAUUAGUUUGGAGAAAAUAAGUUUUUUAAUCUCUGCUUGUCUAUGCAAAAUGCUUUGAAUGAUGAAUUCAAAGAUAAUUACAAAAAAAUAUUACAAGCAAUAGAAAAAAAGGAUUUUGUUGCAGUUAAAACUGAGUUAAUGUAACUCAAUGAUAAUCCUGUAAAUUAGAAAGCUAUGAAUUAGAUAAAGGCAUAACUGUAAUAUCAAACUGAAACUUUGUUAGAAUAGGCUAAAUUAGAUGCAUUAUCACUUGGAAAUUAAAUAGAUAAAGAUAUUAUCAUGAUGAUAAUUGAAAAUAUAGAACUAAUUAAAAAAUCAAAGUCUUCUUUUAAAGAAUAUUUAGAAAAAAAUUUUUUGGAAGCUAUUGAUUAGGAAAUAGAAAGAAUCAUUUCAGAAAUUGAUAAAAAGAUUUCAUAAUUUUUAGGAAGUAUUACCGUGCUUUUAAAGUAAUCUGACUUUUUUGAAGUUGAAGAAAAGAGAGAAUAUAUUUUCUAAAUUUAAUCCUUAUUAAUUAGUUAUAGUAAAGAUAAUGUUAAUAAAGAAAAAUUAAAUUAGUUAUAGAGUGAUCUCGAAAAAAAAGUAGAAGAAAUAACAGCAAUUAAUUAUGAUGAAGAAAAAGAUUUUGUAUUUCAUCCUCCAAAAUAAAUUUUAGAAAAGCUAAGUAAGAUUUCUACCCGAAAUCUUAAAUAUACAGUGUGCUAUACAAAUUUAUAGCAGAUACUCGUUGGAAAAGUAAGACAACUAAUAUUAAAUUAUUAAUCUUCAGAUUCAAGUCAAUAAUCUCAACAAGUCAUAAAAGUUGAAGCUUUAAUAAACUCAUUACCUUAAGAAUUAAAAUAAAUAUUUAAAGAUUAAUUUGAUACUUUUAAGUUACCAAACGAGUAGAGAAUGUAAAUCUUCGAAAAUUAAUUUAACGAACUAAAGUCGUGUGAAGAUUUAGAAAGGAAAAAAGUAUUUUUGGAAGAAUGCAAAAUGUAAAAAAUUUUAAAUAGUUUUGGAGAUAGGAUGAGAAAGUUAGUUUAUGAAGAAUUUUAAUCUAUACUUAGUAAAUUUUAUGAAGAUAUGGAAAAUGGUAAACCUUUAGAUGGAGUAAAAAAAGCCAUUAAACUGUUAGAAUAUAAUAAGCAUUUUGAAAAUGAUGAAAAAAUAAAAGCUAAAUGCGAGGAAGUAUAAUAAAUUUAAGGAGUUUUAAUUUAAAUUUUUAAUGAAAGUACAUAAAAGCAUGGUAUUAAUUAUGUAAUUGAGCACAUAAGAGGUGAUGAAAUAGAUAAAAAAAAACUCAAAGAGCUAUAUGAUUAAUUUGAAAAAGAGUACUAAGAAAUAGUUUUUUAAAAUUUAGUCUUAGUAGUGAAAAAUGAAUAAUAAUAUAAUUAGAUUAUAGAAUAGCUGGUGACUAAUGCUAAAAUGAAGACAAAUAAAAAACCUCAUUCAGGAUAAGUUAUUUCUAUAUUCUGUUUGUUAGGGAUAGGAUAUAUUAAAGACAAUUUUUAUAAUAAUUUAGUAUAACUAGGUAUUGGAGAGGGCAAAUCAAUAAUAUUAGCUGUUGCUUCUAUCAUAUUCGCUUUAUAUGAUAUAGAUGUUUACUGUGCUUGCUAAACUGAGUAUCUUAGUCAACGUAAUUAUAAUAAUUUUCUAUCAUUAUUUAACACAUUUGGAGUCACCCCUAAUAUUAAAUAUGGUAUAUUUAAUAAAAUAUGUGAAGAAAUUAUAAAUGAAAAUUAAUAAAUUUGUGAUUUAGUAGUUAAUUACAUUUCUAAUGGUUUUCCUGAAAGAAGUUAAGGUAAUGACAAAGAUAUAAAAAGAAAACCAAAAAUCCUAUUGAUUGAUGAGGUAGAUGUUUUCUUUUCAUAAGAUUUUUAUGGUAAACUUUAUAAUCCCAUUGCACGUUUAUAAGACUAAGGCAUUCUAAAUCUUGCUCAAUUUAUAUGGAAAUAAAGGAACAACCAUCUUUCUCUUAAGCAAGUAAAAGAAACUGAGUGUUACAAAUAGUGCAUUAACAAAUUUAAAAAUUUGAAUGGUAUAAUCGAUGAAUCUAUAAAAGACAUGAUAUCAGAUUCUAAAAAUUUCGAGCAUAAAUAUAUAGUUUAAAAGCGAUAAAUAGGUUAUUUAGAAUAAGAUGACAUAUCGUUUGAUAUAAAUUAUGGAUACAAAACAUUAUUUGCUUAUUUUUAUGAAUAAGAAUAAAAUAGAGUAACUGAAAGUAAAGUAAAAUAAAAUACAUUUAUUAGCAUAAAAUGUGGCAGCUUUUCCUAUUCUGAAAUUCCAUUUAAAUUUGAUUGUAUUGUUGGAGUAACAGGUACAUUAGAUACUUUGAGUGAAUCAGAAACAAAAAUAGUUUAAAAAAUAUACAAUAUAACAAAAUUUACUUAUAUUCCAAGUGUUUUUGGAGGAAAUUACCAUAAAUUUGAUGAGAAAAGCGAUAUGCAUGUUGAAAAUGAAGAUAAUUAUUUUAAGGUUAUUAGACAAGAAAUUGAUAAAAAUCUAAACAGAAACUGUUCUGACAAAAAUCUAAGAUCUGUUUUAGUUUUCUUUGACUCAAAACAAAAACUAAAUAAUUUCUACUAAUCUCCUUAAAUGGCAGAUAUUAAGAUGGAUAUUAAAAUUAUUACAGAAGAAGUAUCAACUAAUAUUGAUAAAAAAGAAGAAUUAAUUAAGAAAGCUACUAUUUCUGGGUAAGUUACACUCCUAACUGCUUCAUUUGGAUAUGGAACCGAUUUUAACUGUUUUGAUUAAAAAGUCUUAAAUGGUGGAGGAGUACAUGUUAUUUUAACAUUUUAUUCAAGUAAAAAAUCUUAAGAGGUUUAAAUUAUUGGCAGAAGUGCUAGGUAGGGAUAAACUGGAUCUUAUAGUUUUGUUCUUUUAGAUUAAGAUCUGUAAAAGAUUAUAGGACCUGGAUAUGAAAAAGCACUUAAUGAUAUGAGAGAUAGUGAUAACUUCUACUAAAAACUAAAUGAAUAUCGUAAAAAAAGAGAGGAUUAAGAAUAUGAUAACAAAAAUAAAUUUAUUGAAAAAAUAAAGAAAGAUCAUUAUGAGGGAUAAAAAUUUGUAUCGGCUAUGUUAGACCAAAAUGAAGCAUUUAUCAAAGUGUUUUUAGCAAACAAAAAUAAAGGUACAAAUGAUAUACCAAAUGUAAUUCGCAUUCUUUGUUUAAUUGAUGGCACAGCAUCUAUGGGACCUUUAUUAAAUAAAGCUAAAACAACAGUAAGUGAAAUAUUCGAAAGAUCUUGUUUAAUUAUCAAAAAUACUAAAAUAAAUAUACCAGAGGAUUGUUUCUAGCUGUAAUUUGCAGUUUAUAGGGAUUACGAUCAAAAAGAAGGUGUUCUACAAGCUUCUCCAUGGGAAUCAAAAGCUAAUAAUUUAUGCUAAUUUUUAGAAACAGUAGAGCCUAAAGGAGGAUAAGAUUAUGAAGAAGCAGUUGAAAUAGGCCUUUAACAUGCAAAUUAAGAAAAUUAAAAUUAAGAAAUAGCAGCAAUAAUUAUACUUGCAGAUGCUCCUUCAAAAAGCAUGUCUUCUAUUUAAUCUUAUAGAGAAAAAUACGGAGGAGAAAGCUAUUGGAAAACAACAAAAUAUUCAGAGAUAACUGACUACAAAAAAGAAAUGUAAAAACUCAAAGAUACUAAUAUUCCUAUACAUAGCUUCUAUUUGGAUGAAAGAGCAAAAAGUAAUUUUGAAGAAAUUUCUGAGUUUACUAAUGGAAAAUGCGAAGGCUUUAAUAUUGACUCUAAUGAUGCCUCAGAUAAAUUGAUUAAAAUAAUUGUUGAACCGAUUCUUUAAAAUGUAGGUAAACAAAAUGGAUUAGGAGAUGAUUUAUAUAAAUAAUAUCUAAAAUUAUAUGAUAAAAGCUAUAAAUGA